AUGGCCGCCAUCAAGUCUCUCCCUCCAUUGCCGUCUCCAUCCCUGAACUUCCUGAUUGCGCGAGAUAAUUGGGCAAACAAGAACCGCGGCGUGGUACUUGUCUUCGCCAUCGUUUUCUUGGUCGUAGUAGGGAUUAUCGCGUUGUUUGCGUACCGUCGGUGGUUGAAGCAGAAAGCUGAUAAAGAAUCUUAUGAGACGACGGAUUAA